AUGAUUAAUCCUCAUAACGUUUCUCGUCUCGUCUCCAAUUAUAUAUCAGAAUUACUUCCGUCUUCCAAUCUAACGAAUGCCUACACUCCUCGUGAUGAGGAUGUGGCUCGGCAUAUUGUCCAUACUAUUGAAUCUGUUCUGGACUGUACACAUUAUAGUUUUGAAACAGAAGAAACACUGGAUUUUAUUUACAACUUUGGUGAACAAACUGAAGACACUGAAAUAGACUCUGAUGAUGAAAAUGAUGAAAGCUAUACAGAAGAAGAUGUAGAAGAGAAAGAUAACGGUUUAUUAAAUCACUUUUCUCUUGAGUAUAUGCAAAAAGCCGUUGAUUAUUACGAUGAAGUGAAUGUGAAUACUGGUAAAAAGAGCCAUUCAUGGAGUAGUUUUCAAAGACGUUUCAGAAGAAUAAAAGAUAAAAACUAUAUCAACCGUUUCCGCACAUAUUUACAACAGAAAGGAACCAAAAAACACAAGCUUGAAGAAAUUGAUGCGUUUGUGUGCAGUUCAUUCGAGAAAGCUCGUGAUCAGUUUUUAUUCACACAUGAUAUACAAUUAAGACGUUGGGCGCUUCAAAAAGCACAUGAACUGGAAGAGCAUAGUUUUCUGGCUAGUGAAAAGUGGCUUCGUAAUUUCAAGCAUAGACAUGGAAUUUGUAGUCGUCAUGUGACUAAACUCGUGACAAUGAAAGAAGUUGAAAACGUGGAUACAAUCAAUGAAUCAGCUGAAAAAUUUGUAUCAGAUGUCAAAAAACUACUUCCAAGUUACAACGAAUCCAACGUGUUUAAUACUGAUCAGUUAGGAUUAGAGUUGGAGAUGCAUUCAAAUCGUACAUUAUCAUUUGAAGGAGAAAAAAUAGCAGCAGCAACAGUUCGUUCAAAGCACAAUAUUACACAUAGUUAUACAGUUCAACCAAUCCUUUCAAUGGAGGGUACACCAGUUGGACCUUUGUUCUUAUGUCUAAAAGAAGCCAACGGACAUAUGAGCGAUAAUAUUAAACAGAAUCUCUUUAAAACAGAUAACGUUGUACUCACCUGUAGUAAAUCCGGUAAAUUGACAACAAGUCUGGUUCAGUAUUGGAGUGAUAAUGUGUUAUUACCUUUGGUUGGUAAUAGAAAGUGUAUUCUGUUAAGUGACUACUGGGGAGGUCAAAGGACUGAUAAACUUUACGAAAAAAUGAAACAUCUUAAACGGGUUGAAAUUCCAAAAAGUACCACGUCAAUGAUACAGCCGCUUGAUGUUGGAUGGAAUCGUCAGUAUAAGUACUUUAUACGACAGAUGUACGAUCAUGUUCGCCUAUACGAUUUAGAUGUUAAUUUAGCGCAACGUAAUAACAUUAUUAAAAUGAACAGUUUAGCAUAUAACCAAAUGACGUCACCCAAAUUCAAACCAAUGGGCCGUUACGCCUGGUAUCAGUCUGGAUAUCUCGAAGAUAAUCCAGGUCCAUUUCAAAAUACAAAAGAACUGUGUUUCUCGUUCGGUGAUCAACGUUGUAGUGAAUUCCAGUGUAAAGUAAUGCCCUUCGUGAAGUAAAAUGAAGAUUUAAUGGAUGUACAUGAAAGAGAAAUCUUAGAACUUCAUUCUCGUUUAAAUAAAUUAAUGGUUUCAUACGAUGAAACUAUUUCAAAUAACUCUGUACUUCAAUUUGAAAUGGAUACGUAUCGUCGUUUACUUAAAUCAGAAAAAACUCAUGUUAAAAAAAUGAAUAAUGCUCCUGCUACUUCUUUAGCAUCGAAUACAACAACAAUUCCUCCUCGUCGUCGAACUGAUUUACCAUCACCAUCUGUCAAACCACUACCAUCAACUCAUAUUGAUACCAAAACUGAUCAAACUCAAAUGCAAGCUAAAACCACUUUCCAAAGAUCUGCUAAAGGUCCAAUUAAUAUUAAUGAAUGUUCACCUGAUGGAAAAUAUAUUAAAUUAGCAAAUACAUCAAAAAAUAAGGAUAUUGAUUUAACUGGAUGGCGUCUUUUAAGAAAAGUUGAUAAUUCACCUGAAAUAACAUAUUCAAUUCCGUCAGGUUUUAAAUUAGCUUCAGGAAAAUAUGUUAACAUUCAUGCACGAGGACAAGCCAAAGAAAGAUCACCAUAUGAUCUUAUUUUAGAUGCACAUGAAUCAUGGGGUAUUGGUGUUAGUGUUAUUACACGUCUUUUAAACGAACAAAAUAAAGAGGUAGCAAUACAUAUACAAAAAACUGGUUAUGCUGCAUAA